AUGCAACAGCUCUUGUUCACUGUGAUUUUUUCCGAGAUGGUAUUGAUAUUGGUGUUAUCGUUCAAGACCCCCUUGAGGAAGCUUGUGAUCAUGAGCCUUGAUCGUGUGAAGCGUGGCCGUGGGCCUGUGGUGAUCAAAACGGUGGCCGGAACGGUAUUUGUGAUGUUGAUUUCGAAUUUAUAUAGUAUGGUGAAGAUCCAGAAGCGUUGGAUCGAUGAGGGUUCGGUCAAUCCAACGGACCAGGUCCUCAUGGGCAAGCACCUUCUUGAAGCCACUCUUAUGGGAGCCUCUCUGUUCCUUGCACUAAUGAUAGACGGACUACAUCACUAUAUCAGAGAACUUUGCAUUCGAAGGAAGAGCAUGGAAGCUGUAAAGAAACAAAGCCGAGAUUUUGAGAAUGGGAAAGCUGCUGGUUCAGAGGAAAAAAAGGCCUUGGAGGAAGAGAUGACUACACUGAAGACCAAAUUUGAGCAGCUGGAAUCUGAGCUUCUGACGAAGAGCAACACGAAGAUGAAUAAAAAUGGCUAUCUGAAACUUGUAGAGAAGCCAUGA